AUGUCAGACAUAGAGGAGGUGUUGGAGAGGCAAGAGCGAGAAAUAAGAGAAAGAAGGCGUAGACGAGCAGCAAGCAAAAGAGCACAGAGAGAUCUAGAUCAGCAACUUGUCAUGGCUGUGGCCAUGCUUGAUGAAGAAAACCAGAGUAGUCGUGGUUCACAUGAAGGCCGUGCCCCAAAUGUUGACAGACAUAGGCAUUCUCGGGGUAAGAAUCUUAUGGAAGAUUAUUUUAUUCCAACAUCUCUGUACUCUGAUGUUCAUUUUCGAGGGAGGUAUAGAAUGCAACAACAUUUGUUCAAUAAAAUCAUGCAUGAUAUUUGCAAUUAUGAUGAAUACUUUGUUCAAAAGAGAAAUUGUGCUGGUGUUUUGGGACUGCUUCCCGAACAAAAGUUCACAGCUGUUAUACGAAUGUUGGCGUAUGGUGCAUCUGCUGAUCAGGUGGAUGAGAUUGCCCGGAUGGGGAAGUCCACUGCCUUGGAGAGUUUGGUUAGAUUUUGUGAUGCAGUCGAAACUCUGUACACCAGGGACUACCUGCGCCGACCCACGCCCAGGGACCUGCAACGACUUCUGCAGAAAGCCGAACGGAGAGGAUUUCCAGGAAUGAUUGGUAGCAUCGACUGCAUGCGCUGGCAAUGGAAGAAUUGCCCAACUGCUUGGCAGGGUGAGUACGGAAAUCGGAAAGGCCAAAAAAGCAUCAUCCUUGAAGCCGUUGCAGAGGAGAAGCCCCCAAAAAUCACAUAUGAAGUCAAUAAUACCAUAUACCAAACUGGGUAUUAUCUAACUGACGGGAUCUACCCGAGGUGGACAACAUUCGUGAAAUCACUUUCGCAUCCCCGAACCCAGAAGCAAAAAUUAUUUGCUACAUAUCAAGAGGGUUACAGAAAGGAUGUGGAGAGGUGCUUUGGUAUCCUCCAAGCUCGGUGGGCGAUCAUUAGGGGUGCAGCACGUAUGUUUGAUGAGGAGGUGUUGAGGAGCAUCAUGAUGACAUGCAUCAUCCUUCAUAACAUGAUUGUGGAGGAUGAGUAUGAUUACGAAGCUGAAGAGGUGUACAAACCAGAUCCCAUGAACACAGCCUUGACCCGAAUUUAUGAAAAACCAAUAGGGCCAAAUGGAGAACCAGUGGAGCAUGAACCGUUGGUUAGAGAUGGUCUUUUCAUGAACCGUAUGAUUGAUCGAUAUACGGAGAUGCAAUCUUCAUAUAUUCAUGAACACCAUCAAGUUGACUUAAUGGAGCAUUUAUGGGCGAUGAAAGGCAAUGACGGUGAAUGA